AUGCCUUCUGCACUUCAAGGAUAUUUAUUCAAAUUGGGUGUAAAAGGAGUGUUGAAACUCUACAAAAAGCGAUGGUGUAUCUUACCAGAGAAUGAAGAUGUUCUCUACUACUACACAUCAAAGGUUGAAUUGAAGCUUUGUGGAUCUAUUAAACUUAGAGAAAUUCUACACACCAGUGUUUCGAAAAAUAGUGCUUUAAACAGUGGUUCAACGUGGGGAUUCGAAUUAACAACACCCGGAAGAGUAUAUUCAGUUUAUGCAAGUAGUGAACAAGAUAGAAUUUAUUGGAUAGAAGGUAUCACCGCCAGAAUCAAUAUUAUCAAAAAGAAGGCAGACGAUCCAAGUUCCAAUCCAGUAGUUCACGAUGGUACACCACAAAAAAUAAAAUUGAUCAGUAGUUACACUGGAAACAAUAAUACUGCCAAUAGUAGUUCACCAACCGCUCAGAUGCUAUUAGAGUUGUUGGAUAGUGAUGAUGGUGGAUCUUCAGAAUCCAGUAUUUCAAAACGGUCGCGUGAGAAGCAAUUGGAGAAAGAAAAUGAAGUUAAAGAUAAUUUGAUUGAGAAGUUGGAGGAGGAGAAACAAGCAUUUGCCAAAUAUGCAAAGGAGUUGGAAGAAGAGAAACAAGCAUUGCAAUCAGAGAAUGACAAGAUUCUACAGAAACUGGAAGAGAGUAACGAUCUUGAGAGAUACCAGCUACAGAUCAAACAACUUGAAAAGGAGAGGGAGGAGAUGACCGAUGAUCUCAAGGCAUUGGAGGGCGAGUUGGAAGAGGAAAGAAACAACAGAAUGAAGUUACUAUCUGAAAAGCAGAGUAUGCAGAUGAAUUUCAGUCAAGAAAAGAAUGACCUCAUCCAAAAGGCAGAGGAUUCAGAGUCGGGAAAGAAGAAAGCAAUUGAGCUCAUGCAAUCUGGACAAUAUCUAAGACCAAAUGAAAAUCAACUAUCAAACAAAAAGAAAUAUAAUUGGCCAAAAGUUUUAAUUUCAAUAGAUAGACAUAUAUUCCAGUAUAGAAAACAAAGAGAUUCAUAUUUUAUUGUGAAUAUUAAUCUUAGAAGAUUCUUGGACGAAAGUUUAAGAGCUUCUGGAAAGUAUGAUAAUCCUUUGAUACGUUUCAGGGAUGGAUUGGAUGUGUUGGAGAAGUACCUAAAGUCAUUUGAGAGAAAUGGUGAAGUGUUGGAGAAGAUGGUUGCUAUUGUAAAAAAUGAGAUAAAGCAAUGUCUGGGUUUUGUUGUGGAUGGUCAGAAGUUUACUGAUGAAAACGAUAGUGAGUUGGAGUCGUUUGUAGACUUGAUGGCAGUUCGAGAGAUUUCAGAGACUGAUAGUUUGCUGAUGGAUAAGAAGAGCUUGAAAUAUCCCUUGGACAAACUUAGCACAGAGUUACAAGCCUUACAGAUAAGCCAUGGUCAGACAGAGAUGGACCAAUUCUCUGAGAGUUACGAGCAGUGGAGUCAAUUGUAUGACAAGGGUGAGCAGAGAAUCAAGAGAUGUAUGGAAAUAUUCAAAAAAGUUGCCAAAGAAACGGAGAGUUCACCAGUUUAUUUGGAGUCUGCUGAUCCUUUUGAUCUAAAGAUAGAAACAUUACUUAAUAGACUGGAGCCAUAUUUAGAAGAGGAUUCCACAAACAAUAUUGCACAGUUAAUUGAUAAUCCAGAUGAAUUGAAUGAGAAAGCACAGAGUCUGGUUACGGAGCUACAGAGCCAAACACAACAGCUAAAGAAUGAUUUUAACAAAAGUACUGGAUAUCAAUCAGAGUGCCAAGAGGUUUUAAUGGAUAUCGACAAACAGACAGAGUUGACUUCGAACGAGUUGGAGGAACCAAUAGCAAAGCACAGACCAGACAUUCAGAAAUGGCAUGACCAGCGCUCGGAUAUGGUUGUUCAAAUUCAAAAGAUAAUUAUCAAGUUGUUAGAGUUGAAGAAGAAGAUGAUUCUCAUUAGAAGUUUGUCUGAGCUGCAGAGUAAAGGUGGUGUAGAGUAUGUAGCCAAUGAGAACGACCAACUGGAUAUUAUGGUCGAGAGCGUAAUACAUAGUUUGCAUAAUGACGACGAUGAGAUCAGAGGUCUUAUUCCACCAAAUUUCCAAAGAGUAUCGGAAGGAUUGUAUCAAUUUGGAUCUAGAAGAAUCAACACCUCUAUUCUCAGUGGUAAUUUGGUUGUAAGAGUAGGUGGUGGAUUCCAAACAUUUGAAGAGUUUGUACAUAAGUAUGGAAGAUCUGAAACUAUCAAAAUUCUACGUCAAAGCUCGAAUAGCGCAUCGCUAGUAAGAAGUACUCACAUGACACCCGAUAAAAGAUUCCAAUCUCAUAUUAGAUUUGGAUCUGUUUUAUACUUCUUUAGGAUUUAG